AUGUCCACUACAGAAGAUAACUCACAAGUGACAUUCCAAUAUGCAAAUGAGUGCGACUUGGAAAUCCACUGUUCUCCAUUUGGAUUAUCCGGGCUUUACAUCAAAAUCAAGGGCACCAAUAUCAUGGGCAUUGGCUCUACCAUGGGUCUUGUGACAGGGUCUACUUCAGGACUUAUACAUUAUAACGAUGCCAAGGACUUGAUGGAGCAGAAAUAUAAGCUUUAUGUGGUUGUUGAUGAAGAGGGAAUGUUACGGAUUGAUUUCACCAAGAUUUUCACCCUUAAACAAAGCGAUUCCACAUAUGCUGGAGGUUCAGGACCAGUUGCAGGCACUGUCUCUUCCAGCUCUGGAGCAGGAUCUGGAGUAGGAUCGACCACAUCGAGAGAAGAUGGAUCUGGAGGGAACUCCGGCGUACCAAGCAUUGCAAAUGGUAGUGAAGAUAGUGCGUUGGUUACACCAAACGCUACCACCAAUGGAGGAAUUAAUUCCGCUACUCCACUGUCUGUAAAAUCUUCAGAUCAACAUGGUAGUCCAGAUGUAAAGCAAGAAUUUUCUCCUAGAAUAGGAGACCAAACCCAAGGAGAGGGAAAGUUCCCAGAAGAUGAGCCUCCAACUUUGGUAUUUAAGGGUAAAUGUCCUGAGGGACGUCCAGACAAGAUAGAUCCAUUCAUUGGGAUUUUUUCAUUUGAACGUGAAGAUUAA